AUGGCUGAAAAGACUCUAGCACAUGUUUCACCCCGCAUCCUCAGCGAUGGCCCCGACAGUGACAGCCGCAGUCAGUCUUCCGAGGACAGACAGGUGAUGGAGCAAAUGGGCAAACUGCAACAACUCAAGCGCCGCUUCAACGUGUUCUCAAUCUUUGGGCUGUCCAUCACUCUGCUUUCGAGUUGGGAAGCACUUGGCAUGUCAUUGGGUGUUAGCAUGACUGCUGGUGGCUCCUCGAGUCUCAUUUACGGCCUAAUCUUCACAUUCAUGGGAAGCCUCGCUUGCGCAGCAAGCAUAGCAGAGAUGGCGAGUAUGUGUCCGAUUUCCGGUGCGCAAAUGCACUGGUCGUACAUGUUUGCGCCAAAGGAGUUAAAAGUCGUCGUUUCAUUCAUCCAAGGCCAAUUGCAAGGGAUCGUGAAACUCAACAAUCCGGGCUAUGUCAUCGAGCGGUGGCACACCACACUGAUAAUGUGGGCCAUCGUCUUAGUUGCGUACCUCCAGCACAUGUGGACGAUCAAACUUCUUCCAGUACUUGAAAUGUUCAUGGGCACAUUGCACAUAUUGAUGUUUCUUGCUCUCUUCUUGGUUAUGCUGAUCAUGGGCCGCAAUGCGAGCGCCGAAUUUGUCUUCACCGGUUUCGUCAAUCAAACCGGGUGGAAGAGCAAUGGAGUCGCAUGGUUCGUUGGACUGUUACCCGCGAUCUUUGCAUUUGUUGGCUUCGAUGGCGCGAUUCACCUCUCAGAAGAGACUGAACGAAGUGCGCAUGUCAUACCAAAGGUCAUCAUCUGGACAGUACUAAUCAAUGGUCCAAUGGCUUGGAUCUUUGCAAUCAUCUGCUUGUUCGGCAUCUCCGACUUUGCAGCAGUUCUCCAUACAUCCACCGGCUAUCCAUUGAUUGAGAUUCUACUACAAACGACACGGAGUCGGGCAAGUGCAACAGCCAUCAUGGCCUUCAUCCUUACCACGAAUUUUGGGGCCAUGUUUGGAGACAUUGCAAGCGUGAGCCGGCUUACCUGGGCGUUCGCUCGAGACGACGGAUUACCAUUUUCGAACUACUUCAAGCGCAUUGAAACGGACCAGCGAAUCCCUGUUCGUGCGGUGAACCUCUUCUGCGGCGUCAUUCUCUUGCUGUCAUUGAUCAACAUUGGCUCCACGGUGGCGCUGAAUGCCAUUCUCUCGCUGACGACAAUCUCGUUAUAUGCAUCAUACAUCAUCCCUAUCGCCUGUCUUAUCUCUAUGCGUCUCCGCGUCAAAGACAAGAUAUACAAUUCAGAGGCUAGCUAUGCUAUGAUAUCCGAAGAGCUGCUUAUCUUUGGCCCAUGGAACCUGGGAAAAUGGGCGGCCACCAUGAACUAUGCUGGACCCAUCUUUCUCUUUGUGUUGUGCUUUGCAAGCGUUGACUAUCUUGUAAGGGGACGGUAUGUCUUCGUUGGGCCUCGAAAGGAGGCUUGA